AUGACAAUGACAAUGCCACUCCGAAUAAGGCCCGCGGUUCUCACGCGCAAACUCCUCUCACCACAAUACCCUUCUCCAUCCAUAAUCACCAACUCGUGCCGCGCGCCCGGCUCCAGAUUCUACGCUACCUCGGAGCGACUCCCGAAGAUCGCAGAUAGCUCAGUAUGGACGGCGAUGGUGCCGCGAUUCAUCCGGAACCGCAAGUCGCGCAAGGCGGGCGAGUCGAAGGAGUGGAACCCGGCUACAUUUUAUAUUGUGAUGUUUACGUUGAUCGGGUCGCAAGCGAUUCGAUUGCUUACGUUGAAGAAUGGGUAUGCGGCGUAUCGGCGGUCUGUGGAUGCGAAGAUUGAGCUUUUGAAGGAAGUUAUUGGGCGGUUGCAGAAGGGGGAGAAGGUUGACGUGGAGAAGUUGUUGGGAACGGGGGAUGAAGCGAAGGAGUUGGAGUGGGAGGAUGUUCUUCAGCAGAUCGAGCAAGAGGAUGCACAGUGGCAUUCACAACCAAAAGCUGCGAAGGAAGAGAAGUCUACGCAGGAGUCGGAAAGGAAAGACUCGAGUGUCUCUGAGACAUCGAGUGAUAAUGAUACUGCGACGAAGAUUCAGUCGACGCGGAAGGUGAACUUCUUCUAA